CAUAGCCAUAGCCGCGACUUUCGUCGAUUUUUACUUUAAAAUUAAACAUCAUGAAGACAGAUAGAGAGAAUGAAGAAAUCUAAGGAUAGAGUACCAGGUCGUAAUGGAAAAGUAUACAUGAAUCUUGCUCUAUUAAAUCAAUCGAAAGAUGUCUAUGGAACCCGUCCCUAUGGAGGUCGAAAAGGAAUAUCCAACCAUUAUCCGCCUUCGAAGGCAGCCUUCAUAUCUGAGAGGCCAACAGAUUUCUUGAACGAUGUUAAGAACAUGGUCUUUCGGCAGAAUGAGGAGGAGCGGAGUGGAUCUCCAAGCUGGAUUGGAAAAUACAACAAAGAGCUGAAUCAUACAGGAGAGCAGCCGUUAAUGGUUCAACGAUUUCUCAGCAAUAAUAAGCAAGAGCAGCAAGAUGGCGUACUUCCCGCCUCUUCGAGACCACAGUCAAGGUUCCGUGUUGACCGCGACGAUGAGAGAGAAUAUCAACAAGGUCUUAGCCUUCAUCAAUACCUGACUGCUACUGAGAUGCCGGGUCAAUCUGAGAAGCUAGUGGAUGUUAGACAUGGUAGACCAACAAGGACCAGCCUGCUGAGGGCUAGACAGCGGACCAAAAAUAUUCCUGUCCCAGAGAAAACUAAGCUUGAUUUAAGAGACGAUAUUCAUUACCUUCAAGAACAAACUUUGAAGAGAGAAGACAAAUACAAGUCUGUUGAUGUUCCUGAAGAGUUGCAGCCAUUAACAGAGGGUGAAGAGACCGUUCAUCAGUUUCUUGUUGGAGCCAGAUACAACAGAGCUUACUAUCGUGAUGCCAAGUGUUUCAACAAGGUUGGACUGUAUGUCUCCAGGGAGAAUCCUCAACAUUGCUUUCUAAAGAAUGGUACCACACAAGAAUCUUUGUUGGCCAACAAAUCAGAGAAAGCAAACCACUCUGCAGUGGGUGCCUUCUCUGAAGUGACUGCCUCUGAGCUGAACAGUCUUUGCCAAUCUACAUCAAGCCUUCACAGCAAGCACCUUCAGCCGCCCUCAGAAGCUCGUCAGGCAUGGGGUACCAGCUCCAUUGCAAGUGCUCCUAGUCCUACACCUAAUGAUAGCCGUGAGUCCUUUGCAAUAUCCACAAAGGAGGAGCCAGAGUUUGCUUCCGGUAAUCGUUUGCGAGGUGGUGAGGCAGAUGGGAAGCCCAAAGCAACGGAGAGGAAUCAGAAUAAGGUCAUGCAGUCUAAGCGUGUCCAACUGAAGAAUGCCCCUGGACAGCAUAGUAGCAGCAGUGUGGCCCGCUCUUCAGUCAGUAGCUGCGACUCUUGUAUCCUCUGUCAAGAAGGCUCUGCUGUUAAAAGUGGAAUCCCUGUUCACUUUCAUGGAAGGAAUGUUAUGUCGGCACCUAACAGGAGGAAAUGGACCCAUCAUGCGCAGAGGGGACGCAACAUGGGUAAUGAGAACAAUCCUUCAGUUCCUAGGAAGCGCCAGAGUGCAGACCUGAUGCUGGUCCAACAGUAUCAUCUAAGAAUCUUAGGUACACAGUCUCAUAUGAACGUGAAGGAUGACAGAAGUCAAUCUCCUGAUAGCAAGGUGCACUACACACCAAGACAAGCAUCAGGAGGUGGACUCCGACCAAAGACAGCUGCCCCUUCCAGCAGACGGAACCCCAACAGGAAUCGUAACAACAGCAAUAAAAUGGAUGAUCUGUCUGAAGAGGACCUUGCCAAACAGAAAGACUCGGAUGUUGCAAGUACUGCCAGUAAGAUUUCUGUGCAUAUAAGCACUGGGGAGGAUAAUGCUGUAGAGGAGGGGUCACCAAGAGCCGGUGCCAUCGACCCGGAAGCAACACCUCGCAGUCAGGAUGUGACUGUAGGCAGCACUAGGGAUGGUGGAGAAAGUGACCAGCCUACACCUCGUAUCCAUGACUUGACAGAGUCGAUGCCAGUGGAGGGAGUGGACGAUUCUCAUGGCGAUCAUACAACAAACUCUGCUCAACCUGAACUCAGUAAGUCGUUUGAUGAAGAGAUAUGUGACGGCCAGAUCGAGGAGAUUGCGAAUGAGAAUGAACCUGUUCAGGUUACUUCCGAUAUCCCAAGCAGUGAUGUGAUCAAUGAGGAAGGGAGUGAUCCAAAGAAACCUGUAACCGAUGAAGAAGUGAUGAAUCUAAAUGAACAAAUGGAGCAGGUGAACCUUGUUGGUGAAUCAGUUGAUGCUGCUGAGGACACUAAGGUUGAAGAUAAUAUAGAAGGUGCCAAUGAACAGACUGGAGACGGGACAGAUGUGAUAAUAGCUGAGGAGUUACAUGUCAAGGAAUCUGAUGAUGUAACUCAGGAGAAAGGAUCUGAAGACGUGAAUAACAACACAGACCAUAUUCGUACUGUAAGCUUUGCUGAGCCAGAUAGAUGAAGCUAGAAUAUGGAAGUUCUCUGCUUUUAGCUUUUGUCCUGUUUUGCUUUACGACAAUCAAUUUUCUUUUUAAGUGAAAUGUAAUAUUUUUACUUGUGUAUAAUGUUUUGAAUACCUAUGUUCAAAAAAUUCAUGAUGAAUAUUGAUUGUUGUAGCCUGAACUGUCAAGUUUCUUGUUGCAAGAAGUAAAGAUUUUUUUGGUGUAGAUUAUCUCUUGAUAGCUUAAGAUGAAACUCCAUCCAGUGGUCCAGUUCAAAUCAUAAUACCACUUUUCAUACUUAAACUUAUGUAUGAAAAGAAGACAAGAUUUUUAACGUAUUAGGGAGAAACACUCACCCAACAGUAUAUCAAUUUCAUCAUUUUACAUGUAUCUUCUUUUUUUUGCUGAAAAAAACAAAUGUAAAUAUCUGAGCUAAAUUUUCUUUUUGCUGUGUUCUGCCGCAGAGCUAUUAACAGACUAAAGUUAAUGAGUGUUGACUGUUGAGUAGUACCCAUAAUUCACACUUCAAAAAUGUUCUGUUCAAACAAAUAUGAAAAUGAAAAGCGAGUAACUAAAUUUUCAUUUUAUUUACUUAAAGGAAGUACCCCCUCUGUUGUCUCUGCUGUUGUGUUGGUUUUCAAUAAGACAAGAUGAAGCAGUCCUUUUACUGAAAUUAUGUGUAUAUUUGGAGUGUAGUGAUCCAGUGGAUUAGUCUCCAGACUUUGAAACAGAGGUUUGUGGGUUCAAAUCACUGGCAUGAAUCCAAACAGUGAACCUAUGUUUCAAGGGGGGAUGAUUUAUUGUUUCAUCCCCCCCUCCCCACUUGAAUAGUAUGAUGUCACAGAUUUACGCCAAUGUCUCAAAUCCCGGACAUGGGUUUAUUUAUUCCUUCAGCAAGAAAUUUGUCUACAAUAUGGUGCACUCAGUCCGGGUGAGGUAAAUGGGUAUCAGGCAGGAAUUAUUUCCUUCUUGUGAGUUGUUUAACGCUUGCCGAGCUUAUGCCAUGGUAAUACUACCCACAGUCCCCUUCCAUCACUAAGAGGUGUUAGAUGAUCAAAUAUGUAUUACAACUGAAUAUCAUAACUAUAAUUUUUACAAAAAAUUAGAAUGAUGCUUUCCGGAUUGAUAAACCAAGGUAGGUUUGACUUUACAAGCUCUUCCAAGAACCAUUAUGAUUAUGAAUCUCUAUUGCAAUGAAGCAGGAAGUGAAAUAGCAAGAAACGUCUGGGGAGAUUUUCAUGAAGAAUUUUGUGGGUGAUACAUGUAUUUACUGACCAACUCUCAGCCAAUCAGAAUCAAGGAUUUCAGUAGCUUAUAACAAAUUUCAAUGAAAAGCACCGACUAGC